GUGGUAAAGAAGGAAAUUGCAAGAAAACUGGUGUUUCGUUUCCCCUCGUGUUAACCAGAAUGUUUCACACAUUCAGUUAGGAUCUCUUGUUCAUAGGCAGUGGCAUGGUUGGAAGCCCCUCUGCUCAAGCUGUAGCUGUUGUGAAUGAUGGAUUCAGCUACAUAGACACUGGAUAUCCAUUCAACACUGUCCAGUUGAUGUCAUGGUGUAAGUCUCAUGCAACGUCCACUUCACCUUUCCUGGCAAACCCCUUGUAUCUGGUUGAGCCUGAUCGCCACAUGUAUAAGACUGCUCCUGAGAUGGCGCUGAAACUUUUCUUUACCUCUGUUGUUCUAACAGUGUAAUUCACUUCAGUCACUAGGCACUCUCUCUCAUAACCAGAGCAGAUCAUCAAUAAUUGAAGUAGUAAGGUAAUUACUGGAUUCUGUUUAACACACACACAAUGGUAAUAGGAAGAGCCAGGCACAAACCAUACUGUUUUGUGUGUCCAGUAAUAAUAGAGUGGG